AUGGUGACGAAUAAGCUAACCAGAAAAACAGAGAUUGUUGCCCAGACCUCUCCCGACCUUAGCGGCCUGGACGACUGCAACUCGUAUCUGCUCCAGACAGCGACGGUAUCAACAUGGAACAGCGCCACAGUGACAAUUCUGGCGCCGCCUGUGACUUCUACGCACUACGAGACUGAUAUGGUCUUGGUGUCUGGCACAAACUACGUGGAUAUUUACGUCACGCUUACCUCCUAUGACACAACUAUUCCGGUCACCACGGAAUGGGACUCGUGGACGUCGUGGAAGACCGACACAGAAAUUGACUAUCUGGCCACGUCGACUAUCACCACAACGGUCACCGAGUCCUCUUUACCGUCUCUGUCGAGCAGCGCCGCUGUAUACAAGCGCAAUGUCCGGCGGUCGGCCAAGACCAUCCCUGUAUACGCUUCUGCCUGCACUGCCACAAAAGAGUACAGCAGUCUGUGCCUCUGUGCUGGUGCCACUUUGGCCACGACGACGGUGACGCCAGCCGCGAGCACAAUCACGCAAACAAAGACCCCCACGGUAACGCAGACAGUGCACUCGGUCGUAGAGUCGACGGAUACUACCUUACAAACGAGGGUCUGGACGGUAACGGAGGUUUGGGUUGAUGCCUCUUACCGACCAACGAUGACGACGACCUACUGGGUUUCAACGGUGGACGUCACAACAUUCGUGUCAACGACAGCCGUCAGCAGCACGGAGACGCUGACUAUAACGGUUACUAUAUUAGAAUGA